ACAUCCCCUCGCACAAUGUCUCAUUUCAUCAUUGCGAGAAACAUCAACUGACUGCAAAGGAAGGAAGCAGCUGAAACUUCCUCGUGAAAGAUAGGAAGAACGUCACAUUUGCGGAAUAUUGAGCGGACAGUUGUUAACUGCCGGACAAUUACUUCGUAAAUUUUUCGAAGCAUUGUCCUGUACUCGGUCCUGCAAUGUCGUAUUCUGCUGUGGCUUUCGUGGUUCUGCAGGUGGUCCUGACAUCAACCUACUCUGCGGGAAUUGACGCUGAAGUGACGGAUGCUUUUGGGACAACACCUACGGACGUUGACGUCGAUUCCUCGACCAUGAACGCAACAGCGUCUGAGCUGUCGACUCUCGUCUCAGCCACUGCAACAGCCGAUGUAGAAACACAAACUACUGAUGGAGUCGAAUCCUCUGCAACAAGCAAGAGUACAAGCACAGUAGAAGUCUCUGCAAGUACAAGCACACAGCCGACGGAAACGACGACUUCCGUGAAAGGAUAUCGACGGCUCAGCGUAAACCCCAAACGUCAACCGGUUUUGUCGCCGCAGUUCUUAAGUAAGGUGGUGAUGGACAUCUUCGGAACUGUCCAAGCUCUCUCAGUUGACAUCCGCCGUCUUUCUGACGACGUUACCAAUUGGAAGGCUGAGGCAUUUCAAAGACUGGACAGACUGGAAAUGGAAACGAAGGAGAGAUUGGAUGUUUCUGAAGCACUUAUCCGUGGUCACGUAAACCACACCGGAGAUAUUUCUAAUAACAUGAUCGCGGACUUGAAGGUAGAUGUGUUGGAGAGGCUAUGGAAGCUAGAGGAGGUAGUUUCGAAUGGAACCGAGGCUCUGUCGCGUGACGUUCGAGCGCUGAAACUUAGCCAGGAGGAAAUGGCGAUGCAAGGAAUCAAUGGAAUUGAUUCUGUCACGGGCAGCCUCGAAAACCUUCGGAGGUUCGUAAAGGAAGGUGAAGACAACACAACGGAAAGGUUGGACCUAAUCGAGGCCAGGCUUCAAGGACAGACCAUACUACAAGGAGAUUUCCAGAAAGAAGUUUCAGAAUGGCUGAACCAGACGAAAGAAUCGAUUUCGGGACAAAUCGGCGGGUUGGUCCGACAGGUUUCAAGUGUUUCGCAGCAACAAAAGGAUUGGAGGAAUCAGAGUAUUGAAAUGCACGACACGGUUACGUCCGUGGCAGAUCGUCUGCGAGACUUUCACGCUUCGUUCGUGGAAUCUGAAAAGAUAUCGGCGGAAAGCUUCGCUCUGGUGAAAGCUCAAGCGCAAGAACACAGCGAGCGUCUCAAAAACUUGGAGGUGGACAUUGCUGAAUGGCUGAACAGAACCGAAGAUGUUAUCUUAGGCCGAGUUAGUGCGCUGACGCAAGACGUUCUGACGGGACGCCACGAGUUUUUGACCAAACUCGACGGUUUGCAAUCUGUUGCAGUCGGUCUUAAGGACGUCAAAACAUCACUGACAGAACUUCAGCUCAACGCGACUGAAAGGUACGACGGAAUCGAGGCACUAGUUCAGGAACACAACGGGCGCUUAGUUGACAUCAAGACCGAUGUGAUGGGGGGGCUCGAUCGAAUCAAGGACUGCAUUCCAAAGGAUCUCGCGCAAUCGACCAAUAAUAUUACGUUGAUGCUGGACAACAUUGAAGAGAGUCUAAAACCUUUACCAACAGUGGAGAAGUACACGCGGGAGAUCAAGAAUAUGGUUCAGCAAAUAAAACCGCGAGCUUUCAGACCGAGGGGCUGACCCUGAUGGGGAACACGAACAUUCUGGACCAAGUUCUAACUUCCCGUUAUGUCGUAUAACCUGUGGAACUACCACGCAUUUUAGCGCUCAGUGUAUCAUGCGUAAGUUGAACAUGCAUGCGCUAAAAAAAGUAUCGCAAAAAGCUGCUACCACGCAUAAGCUAAAUGCCUUGUACUAUGCAAAUAUGAACAGACCUCCAUCAACGAUCUGUUUAUACGAUGUGCUUAGCAUCUGGGGAACAACGACGCUAUAAAGACAACAAUAAACUGCUUGUUUGUUCGAAAAA